GUAUGAUAUUGAACAUUAGAUGAAAGUCAUCAACUUGGGAAUAUAGGUUGAAUUGAGUUUAGGUCAAGUCAGUCACAAUUCUCGCAUAACGUUGAAUUGUUUAACAAUGUCGAGCAUUAGGGAAUUGGAGAGCAGCUUCGGUUGUGAUGAUGCAAAAAAUGCCGAAUUAUGCUUGGCCUUAUACAGAAACUCUUUAAAAUCCAAGGAUAUGGAUCAUGAUGGUACUCAUUUUGAUAGUCAAUACCCACACUGUUUUGUCACCCUUGGGGCUUCGGGAGAUCUGGCCAGAAAGAAGAUAUUCCCUACCCUUUGGUGGCUUUUCAGAGACAAUCUCCUACCUGUGAACACUGUCUUCUUCGGUUAUGCUAGGAGCAAAAGUACGAUAAGUGAAAUAAAAGAAAAAUGUGAGCCCUACAUGAACCUGAAGCCAGAAGAGAAGGCACGUUAUGAAGAAUUUUGGAGUUUGAAUUAUUAUUUGGCAGGACAGUACAACUCAAGGACUGAUUUCGAGUUAUUGAACCAAGAAAUAGCAAAAUUCGAAAAGGGACCAGUUGCCAACAGGUUAUUCUAUUUGGCUCUGCCACCAUCUGUUUUUGAGGAUGUCACGGUUCAUAUCAGGAAUACCUGCAUGGCAAAUAAGGGAUGGACUCGGAUUAUCAUCGAGAAACCAUUUGGUCGUGAUUUGGAUUCCUCUGAAAAACUCUCUAACCACUUAGCCUCUCUAUUCACAGAAUCCCAACUAUAUAGAAUAGACCACUAUCUGGGAAAGGAAAUGGUUCAAAAUUUGAUGACACUUCGAUUUGGUAACAGAAUUUUCAAUCCCACAUGGAAUAGAGACAACAUCGCCUCCAUUCAGAUUAGUUUCAAGGAACCUUUUGGAACGCAGGGAAGGGGAGGUUACUUCGAUGAAUUUGGGAUCAUCAGGGACAUAAUGCAGAAUCAUCUCUUGCAAAUUCUAACCCUAGUUGCAAUGGAAAAACCUGCUUCUUGCCAACCGGAUGAUAUCAGAAAUGAGAAGGUUAAAGUAUUGAAGUGUACGAAAACCCUGGAAUUGCAUGAUGUAGUCCUAGGACAGUAUGUAGGUAAUCCAGAAAAGGAAGGUGAUGCCAAGUUAGGGUACCUUGAUGAUAAAACAGUUCCGGAAGGUUCAGUAACACCAACUUACGCUUUAGCUGUCCUUCAUAUCAAUAAUGAACGCUGGGAUGGUGUACCGUUUAUUCUCAAGUGUGGAAAAGCCCUCAAUGAACGUAAAGCUGAAGUUCGUAUUCAGUUCAAAGAUGUUCCCGGAGAUAUUUUUGAUGGGAAACCCAAAAGAAAUGAGCUUGUUAUUCGGGUACAACCGGGUGAAGCUCUCUAUGUGAAACUUAUGGUGAAAACCCCGGGAAUGGCUUUCGAUAUGGAGGAAACUGAGCUUGAUUUAACUUACAGCAACCGAUAUCACUUAUGGAAGCAGAGGGCCAAAAGAAGCUGACGAAUUACUUAUUAAAAACAACUUUACUUACACUGGAUCCUACAAGUGGACACCGAAAAUGUAAUCAGGCUUAUAACCAAGCACAUUCCAAUUUUUCCAAGUUUGUAAAUACAAAAUAAUUGCACACAAGGUUAUUAUUCUAUUAUACUUUCUCCAAGGAGACUGUUGGCAAUAAAAAUUUUCGAUUUUUCAA